UAACUUAGCGAACAAAUACUAUCGAUGCCCCAAUUUUAUUAUUCUUUCUCAAGUUCAGAAAUUUCAUCUAUGAAUGCGAUUAGGGUUUUCUCUUCUCCCUCUCCAUCGCUUCUUCUGUAAACCUCCCUCCGUAUCGGAUUCCCCGCAUCGAUUAGUUCAGAUAUUUAGGCGAUUUAUCGUCCGAUGGGGGCUUUCAUAUCGAGAUUCUGGUUCAUGUUAUUUCCGGCUAAAGAAUACAAGAUCGUCGUCGUUGGGUUGGAUAAUGCUGGAAAGACGACCACACUUUACAAAUUGCACUUGGGAGAGGUUGUUACUACCCAUCCUACCGUGGGAAGUAAUGUUGAAGAGCUUGUGUACAAGAACAUCCGAUUUGAGGUAUGGGAUCUUGGUGGGCAAGAGAGGCUUAGGACAUCAUGGGCAACAUAUUACCGCGGAACCCAUGCAGUGAUUGCAGUGAUAGACAGUACAGAUAGCGCAAGAAUCUCCAUUAUGAAGGAGGAGCUCUUCAGGCUACUCGGUCACGAAGAUCUUCAGCAAUCUGUGGUGCUGGUUUUUGCAAACAAACAAGAUCUUAAGGAUGCCAUGACUCCCGUUGAAAUCACUGAUGCUCUUUCCCUCCACAGUAUCAAGAAUCACGAUUGGCACAUCCAAGCCUGCUCUGCCCUGACCGGAGACGGUUUAUACGAUGGUCUCGGGUGGAUUGCACAACAAGUAACUGGCAAGGCACCUAGUUAAUACAGAACUCACUCACUGCUUGUGAGAUUCAUUCUUACUUGUAAUCUUGUGUUUAAACUCCGCGCCUUCUGUUUCAUUUUACACAAGUCUGAGAGCAGUUUACAUAUCCUGUUUAAUUCCAUUUUGAUUUCAUAGUUGUAUUAAUUUUUUUUUUUAUUUUAAAAAGAUGGAGCAAUAUUAAAAGAA